AUGAAAGAGGGAAGAUGUCCAUUUGAUUAUGUGAUACAAAACCGAAAUCUUUUUGUGGCACAAAUGGUGCCAUUUCUAGCUGGACCAUCAGCCCAACUUCGAUUAUGGCCUUUUCACCCCAAGCUAUCUUUUACUAGAUGUCCACUUCGAAAAAUCUCCCCAGAACUCUCAUUCCAAAAUUUGCUCCUCAAAUUCUCUCAUUUCAACCUACAGAGCCACCAUAUUCGCCAUUAUCCACUGCUAAAACAACAACGCUCACGGCUAGGCAGACUUCCUUCCCGUAAUCACCACCAAUUUGCCAUUCCCAUAAAGAAGCAAAACGCGAAGAACGAAACAUUUCAGCAAUCAUGCCGAGGCAAGGCUACAGAGCAGAUGAUUGCUGAGAUGCAAAGAAAAUACCACCCAGUCAUGUCGAUAGUAUCCAAUGCUCAUGAUUCAUACACAAGAAUAAAGAGAGUCGUCGUUGUCGUGAGAACCGUUGGCUAUGUAGUGAAAAUUAUGUAG